AUGCCGCGCGACGCUUGCAUCGACAGCGGCGGCGCCCUUCCGAGCCCGCCGCACGUGUUCUCGCCGCCGCACGCAGUCGACGCGCACCUGAGACGCCUCGGAUCCAGCCCCAACCUCCUCGAGCUCGAGUAUGAGGAGUGGAUUCGCCGUGCACACAGCCUCAUCGUGCCGCCGACGCUGCACCAGUCGUGGCAGGCGUGUGGUCCACUGCUGCCAGAUCACGCGCGUUGGCGCGCACGGUGUGCUCGCGUGCUUCCCGCAAAUUGGACCCUCUUCCUCUGGUCCGACGACGCUAAUCGGCGCCUCGUUCAAACAUUCUUUCCCUCCUUCCUCUCCACUUACGACGGGUACGACUCUCAUAUCAAGCGCGUUGAUGCCGCCCGCUACUUUUACCUCUACCUCUUCGGCGGCGUGUACAUUGACCUGGACGUGCAUUGCCUCCGCCCGUUCGAGGCGCGGGCC